UAAAUCAGAGAUCCAACGGCACGAUUUCAACUGUGAAAAUACCAAAAUCGAUAGCUUAAUUAAAAGAGGGGAUCACGCCAAAGACACUUACAUUGGACAUAAGAAACCAGUUUGCAGUACACUCGCAGCAGCAAAUGGCUAGUAAACCAGGCAUCGUCACCGACUGGCCAUGGAAACAUCUUGGAAGUAGGUUUAAGUACAUAGUUCUGGCACCAUGGGUGGUGGAUAGCAUGUAUACUGCUUCGAAAAUGAUGAUCAGAUCAACAUUGAGAGAAAGCGACAGCAGGGACAUCAGCUGGGACGACGAAACGAGGAUGUACUUGAUCAUCCUCCCAUUUCUAUUGUCUAGGAUAAUACAUGCCCAGAUAUGGACAAGCUAUUCUCGUUUCAGAACUGCCAAAGCCAAGAACAGAAUAAUUGACAAGCCCAUUGAAUUUGAACAGGUUGACAGAGAAAGUAACUGGGAUGACAAUAUCAUAUUCAUGGGAGUUAUAUUCUACUCGAGUUAUAAAUGGGUACUAACUGCAGCUAAGUUGAAUUCACCAAUUCCAUUUUGGAGAACAGAUGGUGUAGUUAUGACAAUUCUACUUCACAUGGGUCCAGUUGAAUUUCUCUACUAUUGGUUUCACAGAGCUUUACAUCACCAUUUUCUUUACUCUCGCUACCAUUCUCACCAUCACUCUUCUAUUGUAACUGAACCAGUCACAUCUGUUAUACAUCCAUUUGGGGAGCAUAUCACUUAUUUCCUACUCUUUGCAAUACCGAUUUUAACAGUGAUUUUCACCGGGACCGCAUCGGUAGUAGCUGUUGGCGGUUACGUCAUUUAUAUUGAUUUCAUGAACUACUUGGGUCACUGCAACUUCGAAUUGGUCACUAUAUCAUAUGUCUUCAACAUCUUUCCCUUCCUCAAGUACUUCUUCUACACGCCAUCGUAUCAUUCCCUUCAUCACACCCAGUUCCGUACAAAUUACUCACUAUUCAUGCCAAUCUAUGAUCUCAUAUACGGUACCAUGGACACGUCUAGUGAUGAAUUGUACGAUACCUCGCUGAGGAGGAGGGAUGAAGAACCAGAAGUUGUUCAUCUUGCGCAUCCAACAACACUCGAUUCAGUCUACCACUUAAGACUAGGAGUGGCCUCGUUAGCAUCAAGGCCCUAUAAUCCUAGUACCAAAUGGCAUUUGAUGUUUGCAUGGCCGUUAACAUAUACGUGGAAAGUCUUGUUUGGUUACACUUAUUCUUUUGUAGGUGAGAGGAACACUUUCAAUGGAAGACUAAACAUUCAGACUUGGGUUGUACCAAAAUAUGCUUACCAAUACAAGUUAACCUCGCAAAGAGAGAAAAUCAAUGUCUUGAUUGAGAAUGCCAUACUAGAAGCUGAAAAGGCUGGUGUUAAGGUCAUCAGCUUAGGUCUCUUGAAUCAGGAUGAAGAACUUAACAAUAAUGGGAAGGUCUACUUAGAAAAACAUCCAAACUUGAAGAUAAGGAUUGUGGACGGGAGUAGUUUAACUGUUGCUCUAGUGGUUAACCACAUCAUCAAAAUCAUUCCUCAAGGCACCAACCAAGUAAUAAUGAGAGGAAAACUCACAAAAGUGGCGUACACAAUUGCAUUGAUUUUAUGCCAAAAAGGUUUUCAAGUAGUUGUCACAAAUAUGGAUGAAUUUGAAAAGCUCAAAUUGAAGUUGAAGGCCAUGAUGAUGGACGCAACGUCAUUAACUAUGGAUAUUAGAAGUAAUUUAAUCCUCUCAACAACUUCAAAUCAUGCUCAUAAUCCGGUGUGGUUAGUGGGUGAUGGAUUCAGCGAUGAGGAUCAGACGAAUGCUCCAGCAGGAACGUUCUUUGUCCCGUUUUCGCAAAUUCCUCCAUGGAUUGGGAACUUAAAAAAUAUGCGUAAAGACUGCGUCUACUUUAACACGCCGGCAAUGACAGUUCCGUCCACAAUCAAAAACAUUCAUUCUUGCGAGGACUGGUUGCCAAGAAGAGUUAUGAGUGCAUCACGAAUAUGUGGAAUAAUUCACGCAUUGGAAAACUGGGAGUCGCAUGAAUGUGAUAGUGCCUCGUUGUUAACACUGGAGGACGUUGAGAAAGUAUGGGUUGCAAGUUUGCGACAUGGAUUCCGUCUUUCUAUUGCCCCUUGAUCGAUCGAGAUACAUAUUUAUCUAUGUUUGCCAUAUUAGCACCAAAGUAUUUAGGGAUUGUAAUAUUUAUCGUGUAUGCAUCAGUAAAUCUGUAUUGGGAUAUUGCUGCCACUAAUUUAAAUUAU